UUGAACUCGCCGGAUCUUGGCUUUCGCUCGCCGGUCUCCUGUUUUCCCCACAGCACGUUUUCUCAACUCUUCCUUUCUCUUUCACCACCCUGAUUUUUUUUAAAAUCUCUUUUUAUUGGGGGUUUCGGGUUAAGAUGACUUGUCUUCCUUACGCGCGUCCAUUUCAGCAUUGAAGACGUAAAAGGGACCUUGACCUCGCCCCCAGUGGCAUUUUAACAAUCGCAAUCCUUAGAAAGUCUUAAAAGGCGAAGGAAAAGGACGCGGGACCCCGCCGAAAACCCCAUCCAGGGCUGUGCAGGCAACCGCAGCGCGUGUUCAUUUGAGCCCGCUCAAGGGAACCGCAAGAGGAGCCCGAAGAAACUUCAGCCGUCUCCGCCGAUCCGUGGUUCCGCAGUUGGACAAGCCGCGUCCCCUGCCCGGAGGAUUAGGACCCCACGGGGACGAGAAGGAGCCCCGAGUCACCCUCGCCGCUCCACUAGGCCGGGGCAGGGGACCGAACCGUGGGACAGCAGCGGCGGAGGAGGCUAGGAGAAGAUGCGGGGCUCGGGGCCCCGGGGUGCGGGACGCCGGCGGUCCUCGGGCAGCGGCAGCGACACCCCCAGCACCCCUGCGUCCCUGGCUGGCUGCUACUCCACACCCCGCAGAGCCCCCCUCUGGACGUGCCUCCUCCUGUGCGCCGCGCUCAGGACCCUCCUGGCCAGCCCCAGCAACGAAGUGAAUUUAUUGGAUUCACGUACUGUCAUGGGGGACCUGGGAUGGAUUGCUUUUCCAAAAAAUGGGUGGGAAGAGAUUGGUGAAGUUGAUGAAAACUACGCCCCUAUCCACACAUACCAAGUAUGCAAAGUUAUGGAACAGAAUCAGAAUAACUGGCUUUUGACCAGUUGGAUCUCCAACGAAGGUGCUUCCAGAAUCUUCAUAGAGCUCAAAUUUACCCUGCGGGACUGUAAUAGCCUUCCUGGAGGACUGGGGACCUGUAAAGAAACGUUCAACAUGUAUUACUUUGAAUCAGAUGAUGAAAAUGGGAGAAACAUCAAGGAAAACCAGUACAUCAAAAUCGAUACCAUUGCUGCUGACGAGAGCUUCACAGAACUGGAUCUUGGUGACCGUGUGAUGAAGCUGAAUACAGAGGUCAGAGAUGUAGGCCCUCUAAGCAAAAAAGGAUUUUAUCUUGCUUUUCAAGAUGUCGGUGCUUGCAUUGCCCUGGUUUCCGUGCGAGUGUACUAUAAAAAAUGCCCUUCUGUGGUGCGACACUUGGCUGUCUUCCCUGACACUAUCACUGGAGCCGAUUCUUCUCAGCUGCUCGAGGUGUCAGGCUCCUGUGUCAACCAUUCUGUGACAGAUGAACCUCCCAAAAUGCACUGCAGCGCUGAAGGGGAGUGGCUGGUGCCCAUCGGGAAAUGCAUGUGUAAGGCAGGAUAUGAAGAGAAAAAUGGCACCUGUCAAGUGUGCAGACCUGGGUUCUUCAAAGCCUCACCUCACAGCCAGAGCUGCAGCAAAUGUCCACCUCACAGUUACACCCAUGAGGAAGCUUCAACCUCUUGUGUCUGUGAAAAGGAUUAUUUCAGGAGGGAGUCUGAUCCACCCACAAUGGCAUGCACAAGACCCCCCUCAGCUCCUCGGAAUGCCAUCUCAAAUGUUAAUGAAACUAGUGUCUUUCUGGAAUGGAUUCCGCCCGCUGACACUGGUGGAAGGAAAGAUGUGUCCUAUUAUAUUGCAUGCAAGAAGUGCAACUCCCAUGCAGGUGUGUGUGAGGAGUGUGGAGGUCAUGUCAGGUACCUCCCCCGGCAAAUCGGCCUGAAAAACACCUCUGUCAUGAUGGUGGAUCUGCUCGCUCACACAAACUAUACCUUUGAGAUUGAGGCAGUGAAUGGAGUGUCCGACUUGAGCCCAGGAGCCCGGCAGUAUGUGUCUGUAAAUGUAACCACAAAUCAAGCAGCCCCCUCUCCAGUCACCAAUGUGAAAAAGGGGAAGAUUGCAAAAAACAGCAUCUCUUUGUCUUGGCAAGAGCCAGACCGGCCCAAUGGAAUCAUCCUGGAGUAUGAAAUCAAAUAUUUUGAAAAGGACCAAGAGACCAGCUACACAAUUAUCAAAUCUAAAGAGACAACUAUUACUGCAGAGGGCUUGAAACCAGCCUCAGUCUAUGUCUUCCAAAUUCGAGCACGUACGGCAGCAGGCUACGGUGUCUUCAGUCGAAGAUUUGAGUUUGAAACCACCCCAGUGUCAGUUGCAGCAUCCAGCGAUCAAAGCCAGAUUCCUAUAAUUGCAGUGUCUGUGACAGUGGGAGUCAUUUUAUUGGCAGUGGUUAUCGGCUUCCUCCUCAGUGGAAGUUGCUGCGAAUGUGGCUGUGGGAGGGCUUCUUCCCUGUGCGCUGUUGCCCAUCCAAGCCUAAUAUGGCGAUGUGGCUACAGCAAAGCAAAACAAGAUCCAGAAGAGGAAAAGAUGCAUUUUCAUAAUGGGCACAUUAAACUGCCAGGAGUAAGAACGUACAUUGAUCCACAUACCUAUGAGGAUCCCAAUCAAGCUGUCCACGAAUUUGCCAAGGAGAUAGAAGCAUCAUGUAUCACCAUUGAAAGAGUUAUAGGAGCAGGUGAAUUUGGUGAAGUUUGUAGUGGGCGUUUGAAACUACCAGGGAAAAGAGAAUUACCUGUGGCUAUCAAAACCCUUAAAGUCGGCUAUACUGAAAAGCAACGCAGAGAUUUCCUAGGUGAAGCAAGUAUCAUGGGGCAGUUCGAUCACCCUAACAUCAUCCAUUUAGAAGGUGUCGUGACCAAAAGUAAACCAGUGAUGAUAGUGACAGAGUAUAUGGAAAAUGGCUCUUUAGAUACAUUUUUAAAGAAGAAUGAUGGGCAGUUCACUGUGAUUCAGCUCGUUGGCAUGCUGAGAGGCAUCGCUGCAGGAAUGAAGUACCUUUCUGACAUGGGCUACGUGCACAGAGACCUUGCUGCUAGAAACAUCUUAAUCAACAGUAACCUUGUGUGCAAAGUGUCUGACUUUGGACUUUCCAGGGUACUGGAAGAUGAUCCUGAGGCGGCCUAUACCACAAGGGGAGGAAAAAUUCCAAUCAGAUGGACUGCCCCAGAAGCAAUAGCUUUCCGGAAGUUUACCUCUGCCAGUGAUGUCUGGAGCUACGGAAUAGUCAUGUGGGAAGUCGUGUCUUACGGAGAGAGACCCUACUGGGAGAUGACCAAUCAGGAUGUGAUUAAAGCAGUAGAGGAAGGCUACCGUCUGCCAAGCCCCAUGGAUUGCCCUGCUGCUCUCUAUCAGUUAAUGCUGGAUUGCUGGCAAAAAGACCGAAAUAGCAGGCCCAAGUUUGAUGAAAUAGUCAACAUGUUGGACAAGCUCAUACGUAAUCCAAGUAGUCUGAAGACGCUGGUUAAUGCCUCAAACAGAGUAUCUACUUUAUUGGCAGAACAUGGCUCAUUGGGAUCUGGGGCCUACAGAUCAGUAGGUGAAUGGCUAGAAGCAAUCAAGAUGGGCCGGUAUACAGAGAUUUUCAUGGAAAAUGGAUACAGUUCAAUGGACGCUGUGGCUCAGGUGACCUUGGAGGAUUUGAGACGGCUUGGAGUGACUCUUGUCGGUCACCAGAAGAAGAUUAUGAACAGCCUUCAAGAAAUGAAGGUGCAACUGGUAAAUGGAAUGGUGCCAUUGUAACUUCAUUUUCAUGUCACUUCUUCAAGUGAACGAGUCUGCACUUUGUAAACAGCCCUGAGAUUUAUUUGAACAAAAAAGGGGGCGGGGGUGGUAAAAGGGAAAACAGUGAUUUCUAAAUCUUAGGAGAGCAUUUGUCUCAGCCGUGGAAUUUGUAAUCAGUGUUUUACUAAAAUCUCCAUACUUCCGCUCAGUAUCUUUAUUUUUCGUGAAGCAAAUACAACCUGCAUAGAAUAAGAACAGGAGAGGAGACGUUAUCUCUGUUACAACGGCAAAAUUCUUCCCACUACUUCUACAAGAUUUUGUACAUGAAACAUAUAAAUGUAUAGCACCUUUAUAGACUGAAUGCAGGCAGCCCCUUUCAAUUCUUCCAGGGAUCUACUUGAAAGGAGACAUUCUAUAGCCAUUUGUGGGUGAACAAAAGCUGCAGUUUACUGAAGUUUACUUCAAGUCUUAAUUGUCUACAUAAGUGUAUUGAAGAGCAAUAUGAUUAGAUUAUUUCUUAAUAGAUAUCUUCUUUUGUAAUUUUAAAAUGCUGUUACACAGCGUUAAGUUAUAGACACUAGUGUAUAAACAUGUUGCUUGAUCAAGAAAAAGUACAAUACAGGGUGUAUAUUUAUUUUUCUGUGUUAUAAAAUUUAAUUUGUGUUGCUCUUCUAGAGACUAUUAGGUAAUGAAUGUGUAUAUACUGUACUAUUUGCAAUAUACCCAGGAACCGAUUUCAAUUGGAGUUGUGUGUGUGUGUGUGUGUGUGUGUGUGUGUGUGUGUGUUUGCACAUGUGUGCAUUCCCAUUCUGCUUGCAUUUUUAAUAGUGUGUUAAUUUUAGCAACACAUAGGCAAGUGUUCCAGAGUGUAAUAUGAAUAGGAGAAAUAGGGAAGCAGUAAAACAAAAUUUAACACAAGCUUGUGUCUCUUUUCCCCUCUUGUGUCCAGAAGCUACUAAUCUCUUUAUUCACUAACAGGAAAUGUCUGUACUAUUAAAUCCCUUUUGGCUUUUAAAAAACACUUUGUGAUAUCUGUGACAAUACAGUUUUCUAGCCAUUAAUCUUGCACCCCUGUAAGAAAUUUCACCUUUCUGAGUCCCAGAAAAUAUCUUGUCAAGCAACGUUGACACCAAAGGGCAUGUUUUCAGCGGGAUGUAGAAGGAUUUAACUGUGCAGGCUUCUGUUGAUGUUGUAAAAUCCAGGCACACAGCACUAAGCAUCACCCUUAAGUGUUAAUCCUUUGUAACCAUUUCCAUCAUGACUCAGUUCUAGAAAUUCUGAUACGAAGGCAGCAAUGGAAUGGAAUGGAGUGAUGACACGUAUGUGCGUGUGCGUGUAUCACACACAUUUUUUUCCUUUAGAAUAUUCUCUGUUUCAAGACUUGACCAAUUGUAUGUGUUGAUGGCUGUUUAUUUAUCUCAUUAUUUCACAUUAUAUUCAGUUAUAUGGCAUCAGAAGUAUUUUGAUUAACCAAUUCUAAGUAUUAUUUCAUUGGACUUAUUAAGGAAUAUAAGACAUGACCUACAUUCUGGUGAAGACUGACUUGUCAAACCAAUUAGACAGUGUAUUCUAAACUGAAUAAAACUGAGCUCCUUGGUGAGAAAACCAAAAAUAUUUAUAUUAUUUUAUAAAAAGUAUGGAAUGGCAUAUACUUGUUUGAGAAGAGCAUUUAAAUAAGAUAGGUCCUCUUCGUGAUUAUCAAUGGCAGUAGUAUAUCAGUAGCCUGGAAGAGUGAAAUUCAUUGAAAAUAUUCCUAUGUUAUAGCAAUGGCAUGCUUUUUCCAGUUACCUGUUUGAUUUGAACAUUAGCAUAUUGCAAAAGUAAACUUUCAACAUUCUCUUCUGCCCACCUUUUACCUAAGCAGUAAAGUCACUCUUUGCUAAAGAGAAAGGAAAAACCAAAACACAACCAAAAAAAGAAAAAGUCUAAGCAGUUUUAAAAUGAUAUCUUAAAUUUUCUCUAGAAAGAAGGGCUUUACAGUGCCAUGUGUCCACACAAACUAUGCUUCAAGUAUACUUUGUUAGUUAAGUGAAAUUUCCAGAGCAAGUUGAGAGAAGAGAAUUUAACAUCAUCUUCAUAAAAUCAAAAUUAAAGCCGCCAUUGCCAUUAUUAAAGAAGCAUAUGUUCAAUGAACAGAAAAUUAAUGAAACCAAUUCCUUGUGUACAGAAUAAGUGGAGAUUGUGUUGUUCUUUACUGUUUUGUAAAAGUAUAUGAGUCUAAGCGAUGAAGUAACAAUUGAGAAACUUCAAUAUAAGAAUAGACAUCAAUUUAAUAAAAAAGACUAACAUGCAUUUUAGAACUAGCAAACUAGCCACAAUUGCGUUGACAUAACAAAGAAUAUUUUCUGAAUUUUUUCCAUCUUUCCAAUGUCAAGAAGAUUAAGAGGUCAGGGUGGAAUAUACCUAAGUGUCUAGAAUUUGAAAUUAUAAUGUAGAGUUUCUUUUUCUUUUUUUUUUUUGCAAUAAAAGAACGUAAGUUAAUUUGGAUUAAACAUAUUCCCCUCCUUUGCAAUUUUGUUGUUAAUUUUGGACAAUAAAUCAAAAUGAAAGUUAAGUCGCCACAAAAUUUUUCAUUUAUAUCUCUCUUUGAUUGAGGAAUGCCAAUUAGAUUUUAGAAGAAAUAAAAAGACUUUCAAAUAAGAUGUAAUCUCCCCUUAAAAAGAGGAAAGAAUGCUUUUCUAAAAUAUUUGUUCACCACUGGAUAUGUCACCAAUUGGGAAGUGCCAUUUCAUCUAUAAAUGUGAGAAAUGGAACAAAGAGAAGAGGCAGCUCUCCUGAAAUACAAUGAGGUUCUACCCAGGGCAAGGCUUGACAAAUCUUAAUUGUGUGAUUUCUUAUCCAAUUGGUUCAUUUUUCACCCACCAGACAACCAAAACUAAAGCAUAGAUUCAAUCAUUUUAGCACAUACAAUAAAUUUGUCAACGAAUACACAAUGUUACUGUAACUGUCAGUAGUAAUAUAUGUAGGAUAUCUUUCGAUUUGGGACCUUGAAAAAUAGGUACAAGCAGGGAGUCAUUUUCAACUUACUGAUUCCUAUUGAAGUCAUUCAAUUAUUACUUUUAAUCAGACAUAAUUUGAUUCUUCUCUUACCAUUUGUUCUCAUGUGCUAUGACAUAUAACCAGUUGCUCUGUUAAAAUGUAUUCAUUGUACUGAAAAGUGUAAACAUUUUGAUUUUCCCAUUGAAAAGAAUUUUAAUGUGCAGUCUUUUAUUUCUUGUAUUGUAAUCACCAAGUCAGUGUUCUAAUGUUGUUUGUACUACAAAAAUUAUAUUCCAAUAUUUUAUCAGAACUGAAGUGUGGCCAACAUUAUUAGUUUCAGAAUUGCCUAAGCAAUACAGAAAAUCCUUAACUUGGUUUAUAAAAGAAUGUUAACCAGUGUGCAAUGGUGAAGCUCCAGUUUCAUGUCUCCAGUGUAAAAUGGAACAUCUUUAUCAGCUGGACACUUCUGUGUUUGCAUGUCUACAAUUUAACCUCUAUGGGAAAAUAAAAGCUUUUUUUAAUGCCAUUCUUUCCCCCAUGUAAAGUGGGUUUUUAGAAGCACAAGCAGAGAUAUUUACCCUUACCUUUGAAAGACGUUCUUGGCUGUCAUGGUGCGUUGAAUAGCAAACACUGUUCAAGUCAGAUGUUAGAAAUUUACUAGAUGUUGCGUGGUAGAAUAAGAUCUGUCUCUCAUUAUGUUCUUUCUAAAAAUAAGAAAAAAAGAAAGCUAAGUGUGAUAGUAAACUGUCUUUGCUUAUGUCCUGCCAGAUGUUUAACCUCAAAGUAAAUAAAAAGUAGGUACAAUGCGAUGA